AUGGCAGAUGGUACUAGACUCAAGAAUUUGGAUGAACAACUCAGGAAACUUGAGACUAGGGUUCAGAUUCAAGUCAAUUCCAUGCAAGCAGAACUACAGGAGACUCGAACACAUGUAGAUACCAAAAUGGAGGAGCUCGAUAAGAAGAUUGAUGCAUUAAUGGCAGGAAUGGAGACGAAGUUGACUUCAUUUCUUCAAGCUCUCAAUAGAGACAGAUCAGCGGCAAGCAAGAAGCACAGGGUUACGGUUCCAAAUCCCCCUAAGGUAGAUCUUCCCUUCUUUGAAGGAGACAGGCCUCAGGAGUGGAUCAGGAAAUGUGAGAAAUACUUUCUCAUCCAUCAACUUCCUGAGGACCAGAAAUUGGAAGUAAUGGAGAUAUAUCUGGUAGGGAAAGCAGAAAUAUGGUUUCAAGGAGUCAAGAGGAGCAAGGGAAGAAUCUCUUGGGAAGAAUUUUGCGAAUUGUUGAAGAGGAGGUUUGGAGAUCGAAGAAGAAGAGAUGAGGUGGAGGAAUUCAAUAAACUCCACCAAACCAGCACUGUCAAGGACUAUCAGGAGAGAUUUGAAGAACUGAGCUCUUUGAUGUUAGUAAGGGACCCUCACCUCUCUGAAUCUUACUUUGUUUCCAGCUUUAUCAGUGGCAUUAAAGAGGAAAUCAGGCCUAUGGUUAAGAUGUUGAAGCCUAAUACAUUAAUUGAGGCUUUUGAGAUUGCAAAAUGGCAGGAACAGUCACUGGCAUUGAAUGGUAGGUAUGCCAAAAACACUAGGAACUGGGAGCCUGGGGAAAACUCAAGACCCUCCAGUGCCUUGUCAACAACCAGCACAGGGGGAAGGGUUUCAGAACCAUUUGGCCAAAAGAAGUUAAUUUCUGAAAACACUAACAUGGAAAGCAGGAAGAUCUCUCCUCAGGAGAUCUUGCGCAGAAGGAACAAUCACCUAUGUUUUAAGUGCGGAGAGAAGUUCAGUCCUGGUCAUCAGUGCAAGUAUAGGCAUCUGAAUUUCAUUCUGGAAGAAGAUGAAGAACCUGAAUUUCUUGAUGCCAUUGGGGAGCAGGAUGAGCAUACUGGCCAUCCAGGGGAAUCAGUAGAUGUGUCCCUGCAUACAUUGACAACCUCUAUCAAGAGAAAAACUUUAAAACUGCAAGGGGUGUUGAAAGGAAAAACUAUAUCUGUUCUGGUUGACACUGGCAGCACUAAUGGUUUUCUAAAUUCCAUAUUAUUGAAUAUCAUGACCUUAAGAAUAGCUAAGAUGACACCACUGAGGGCCACAAUUGCUGAUGGAACCACCAUUUCCAGUGAGCUGUUUUGCUCUCUUUCCUUUGGUAAUCAUGGAACUAGGGACAUAGGACAUGAUACUUGGGGUAGAUUGGAUGGUGCAAUACAGUCCUACACAUUCGAUUUCAAACAGCUGCUGAUUAAACUCUCAGAAGAAGAUGGGGAAAUGGUGUUGGAAGGAGCAGCUAAGCAACCCUCAAUGAAGCUUAUCAGAGGGAAGGCAAUAAAGAAAUUCAUGCUGCAGAAACACAAAACCUUGGCAUCAAUCUGCUCAGUGCCUGAGAAUAGCAACUCAGAUGAUGUAAGUCCACUUCCUAGUGAAAUCUCAGAAUUACUGCACCAGUUCUCUGAUGUGUUUGCUGAACCUACACAAUUACCACCUGAAAGGGCUCAUGACCAUACUAUACCUUUGAAACCAGGGGCUCAACCCUUUAAACUCAGACCCUAUAGGUAUCCACACUCCCAGAAAACAGAAAUUGAAAACCAAGUGUCUAACAUGCUUCAAACUGGGAUCAUUAAGCCUAGUACUAGUCCAUUUUCUUCUCCUGUCCUGCUAGUAAAAAAAAAAGAAGUCUUUAGCAAGAUUGACCUUAGAUCUGGUUAUCACCAAAUCAGAGUCAAGGCUUGUGACAUCCAUAAGACAGCAUUUCAAACUCACCAAGGCCAUUAUGAAUUCCUAGUUAUGCCUUUUGGCCUCACUAAUGCCCCUGCCUCUUUCCAAUCCCUCAUGAAUAAGAUCUUCCAGCCUUACCUCAGAAAAUUCAUACUUGUCUUCUUUGAUGACAUACUCAUCCACAGUCCAAACCUGCAAUCACAUGUAAACCAUCUGAGAACAGUGUUGGAAAUUCUGAGAUCUCACCAGUUGUAUGCAAAGAUGUCCAAGUGCAUGUUUGCUCAACUGAGAGUGGAGUUCUUGGGCCAUAUCAUAUCCUACAAUGGGGUUGAAAUGGAUGCUGCUAAGGUUGAGUACAUAAGAGCCUGGCCAGUGCCUGAGAUUGUUAAGAUUUUGAGGGGAUUUUUGGGCCUUACAGGUUAUUACAGUAGAUUUGUACAAGGUUAUGGGCAGAUUUGCAAGCCCUUGACUGACCUGUUGAGAAAGGACUCCUUUGGCUGGAAUGAAUCAGCAGCCACAGCCUUCCAGAAUCUGAAGGAUAUCAUGAGUACCACUCCUGUGCUGAGAAUGCCAGAUUUUUCCAAGUUAUUUGUAGUGGAGACUGAUGCUUGUAGUGAAGGCAUAUGUGCUGUGUUGAUGCAAGAGGGACAACCUAUAGCUUACCUCAGCAAAGCCUUAAGUCCUAAGAACUUGGGGCUAUCUAUAUAUGAGAAGGAGUUGUUGGCCGUGUUGGAGCAAAGGCUGAAUACACCCCUGCAGCAUAAGUGUCUAACAAAACUCUUAGGUUUGGAUUAUGAAAUCCAAUACAAGAAGGGAGCAGAGAACAAAGCUGCUGAUGCCUUGUCAAGGAGAGGAAUUCAGGAGAAGGAUUCUGCAAGAGGAGUCUGUGACAGUGGGAAACAUGGUAAUUUGAGGAACCAAAUCCUUCAACAGUUGCAUUCUUCUGCAGUAGGUGGCCAUUCUGGCCAGCUGAGGUGCCUGAAGAGACUAGGCACAGUCUUCUACUGGCCUGGGAUGAAGAAAGAUGUAGUUGAAUUUGUCAAACAGUGUGAUGUUUGCCAGAGCAACAAGCAUGAGAAUGUUCCUUAUCCUGGCUUAUUGCAACCUCUGCCAGUUCCCAACCAAGCAUGGUCGCAGAUCAGUAUGGAUUUUAUUGAGAGUUUGCCAAAUUCUGAAGGUGCGGACACUAUAUUGGUAGUUGUGGACAGGUUCAUCAAGUUCUCUCAUUUCAUUCCCCUCAAGCAUCCCUUCUCAGCAGUGGAGGUUGCCAAGCUAUUCUUAACACAUGUUUCCAGACUCCAUGGAUUACCAGAUGUGAUAGUCUCAGAUAGGGACAAGCUCUUCACCAGUCUUUUUUGGCAGGAGUUGUUUAGACUGUUGGGAACUCGCUUAAAUCUCAACUCAGCCUACCAACCCCAAAAAAAUGGUCAAAGUGAACGUGUUAAUCAGUGUGUGGAGACAUACUUAAGGUGCAUGAGUAGUGAUAGACCUCAGAAGUGGUGUCAUGGUUGCUUAUGGCUGAGUGCUAGUGAUCUUGUUCGUGAUAGGCAGGCUGUGUUGCAAAUUCUUCGCCAGAACCUGGCUCAAGUGUAG